AUGUCCACGUUGUAUAUACUCUACGGCUCUGCUACGGGCAAUGCCGAAUACAUUGCCAAAGAUCUAGCCGCAAAAGGUCCUCCAGCUCCAUUUCAAUCGGUGGUCUGCGAAGCUCUGGAAAAAUUCAAGAAGCAUGCCGAUUCCGUCUGGUCCAAACCUCCUCCCUCGGGAAUGCGCAAGCACGGAUUGGUGAUAGUUUGUUCGACCACUGGAAACGGCGAUGCUCCCGAGAACGCCUCUCGAUUUGCUCGCUAUGUCAAGCGCAAGACAACUAUUGAAGCCAAGGCAUUCCAGCAUGUGUGCUAUGCAGUAUUGGGGUUGGGGGAUACCAACUAUGACAUUUUUUGUGGAGCAGCCAAGGCACUUGACAAGAAAUUAGAAGAGGCUGGGGGAGAACGCAUCAAACGUGUGGCUUGUGCGGAUGAAGCUACAGGAUUAGAAGAAGGAGUCGAGCCAUGGACUGCUUCUAUCUUGGAGGAAAUUACCAAGGCAUGUUUCUCAUCGUCAUCAUCCAACAACUCGAACAAAAUCAAAGAAGAAAAAUCCAAUGAUCCUGUUUCCACCACGCAGCAAGUCACGACAGAGCCACCCAAGGAAGAGGAAAUUGUGAAAACGCCCAAACUUGCCAAAGAGGCUCCCAAACCAAAUCCAACAUCCAAACCGAAAACACUGAACAAAAAUGUCAAGUCAGAAUCUCCCCUCUUUAUUCUCUACGGCUCGGCCACUGGAAAUGCCGAACAAAUCGCAAAGGACCUGGCAGCAACCUACAAUAUGUUUCUUUCCAAUCCAGAUGCAUUCACCUACUUUCCUUCGGUUGUUUGCUGUGACUUGAACGGAUGGAGGAAAAAUUGUUUGCCCAUUUGGGAAAAGGCACCUGCCAAUGGAGGAAAACACGGAGUCUUGGUGGUCACAUCCACCACUGGCAAUGCCGAUCCUCCCGAGAAUUCAGAUCGUUUUGCGCGAUGGAUCAAACGAAAGCAAACCAUUGCCGCUGCACCUUUGCAACAUUCAGCCUUUAGUGUGUUGGGACUGGGUGAUACCAACUAUGAUGUAUUUUGUGCCAUUGGCAAGGCUGUGGACAAGCAAUUGGAAGUGUUGGGUGGAUCGCGGGCCAAGCCAUUGGUUUGUGCCGAUGAAGCCACGGGUCUGGAGGAAGUGGUGGAUCCCUGGGUGGCUUCGAUUUUGCUAGAGAUCAGUCUGGCAUGUCAGCCAGAUUCAUCGGCAACCAGUGGCAACGACGAAAAUGUCCCACCGGAAAAUACGAGUAACAGCACGCCCAAGGAAUCAUCCUCGGAGAUCCAAGAAGAAAAGAAAAUGGAUAGCAGCGCGGAUCUCAAACAGCAAUCGGCAGUCGUCGUUUCGUCGUCGACGGGAGUCCGAACUCUUUGCAGCAUUUUAAACCUUGACUGCAAGUGCCCCUUGGAGGAGGUCAACACUAGUUGUCUUCCAAAGAUUGGUACCAGCAUGUCAUCCUGCGCACUUCUUUCACAUUUGGAGGAGGAGCAAAUACUGCAAGCUGCCUCUGCGGACGAUGAUCGUGUCACAGUUUCAUCCGCCAGCAGUUCGGCCAUUCAUUACACCCUCCAAAAGCCUUUCGAAUCCACCAUCUGCAAUGCGCGCUACCUGACAACCACUCCCACGGAUGCUGCUCAAAAGGCGGCAGGAAUACUGAGUGCUAGUGCUUCAGCUGACGCUUCUCUGAUCCAGCAGGCUGCCGAUGUAUACACAGAGCUAUUCCCGCUGACAGUCUCGGACAGCGUCAGUGCGGACAAUGUGGAACGGAAUGGAAAGCGGGUCAUCGAACUGACAUUGACAUUGCCCGACGACUUCACUCUCGAAUACACACCCGGUGACUCGUUGGGUUUGAUCGUGGAGAAUCCUCCGGUCGCAGUCGACUUUGUCCUUGGCAUGCUGAAGCAACACCAGGGCAUUCUUCCUGACCAACGUGUCUCCAUUGACAAGGGCAAUCCCAUGACUGUACGGGAAGCCAUCAGUCGAGAAGUGGACUUGUCAUCGCCACUCAAGAGCAAACGUAUCUUGUCCAAUCUAUCACAGCAUGCUACUGACUGUGAGGAUCGCAAGGCAUUGCAACUCUUGGCAUCCAAGACACCAGAAGGAGAAAAGGCAUUCGAGUGCUUUGUCGACCAACAGCGAUUGUCCGUUGUGGACAUUUUGCAAGAGUUCCCGUCCUGCCAAUGCAUUCCUUUGACUGCUUUACUGGGCAUCCUGCCGGGAAUUCCUCCGCGAUACUAUUCCGUGAGCUCGAGUCCACUUGCCAGUCAACAAGAGUUGAGCUUGACCGUGUCCUUCUCCGUGGUUGACUACGUCACUCCAUCGCUGCUGUCAGUGGACCAAGCAGAACGUGGGCUCCGACGCAAAAAGGGUAUUGCCACAAGCCAUUUAGAGGUGCUUUCCUCAUCCUUCUUGGCUGGAGGUUCUGCUGGAGCUGCUCCCAUGACUGUGAAGAUCUUCCCCAAGCCAACCGCCGACUUUAGAAUGCCCGCCAGUUUGGCCACGCCCAUGGUCCUGAUCGGACCGGGAACAGGUAUUGCACCAUUUAUGGGCUUUCUGCAACAUCGACGUGCGAUGCUCUCCAACAUGGAAUCCAAGGAAGCCGCAUCGUCGGUCGUGGAAGGCACCUGGCGCGGAGGCUUUGAGAUGGAGGAAGACGAUUUGAAGAUCAGCAAAGGAGACGCCAGUGGGUUGAGCGUGGGUGCCGACUUUAUGAGGAAGAAUCAAUCCGUCGGUAGCGUCGAUGUCUUUUUUGGCUGCCGCCACCAAGAUCAUGACUGGCUGUACCGUUCGGACAUGCAAGAUCUCAAGGCCGAUGGGACCAUUGCCAGCUUGUAUACAGCUUUUUCCCGAGACACCAACGGCAGCAGCAAUGGCCACAAGCGCAAGUAUGUGCAAGACAUUAUGCUGCACGACACGGACUGUUCCGCCCGUUUGCGAUCUUUGAUACUGGAGAAGAAAGCCAGCGUCUUCAUUUGUGGAGACGGCAAUGCCAUGGCGAAGGAUGUGCAGUCAGCUCUGACACAAAUUAUUGGGGAAGGCCUGGAUGGAAGUGAUGAGAAAGCAGCCAAACUGUAUGUGGAAAAGAUGAAGAAAGACAAACGCUAUUUGGUAGAUAUCUGGACUAGUUAA